AUGAAUUCCUUCAGCAUAAGAAAAAAUCUCGCCAACGUGGCCGUCGCUUUGCUCCUGGCCACUCCCUCUGCGGCAGCACCUCCACGGCUGAUGGGCCGAGGAUGUCUGGCAAGCAUCGUGGCAGACCUGUCCUGCGCAGACAGCUCGAUAAUGACGCACUGUACAGCGAUCGAGACGGUGGACGUGGAACUCCUCGCGACCUGCCUGGAGGCAGCUGGUUGCACCCCAGAUGAGGCGGAGAAUGCACUGUGGAUCACAGAAAAGUGCCAGACCGGCCCCAGCUCAGACACAGAGCCGGACUUGGAGGGGGAGCUGAGACGGAGAUCACUACACGCCCGCAACAGGCCCAACAUGGUCGGGCGCGCAGACACCACCACAAGCACGGAUGAGAGCACGGGUACCACGGCCACGGAAACGUCCACUUCGUCGUCGUCCUCAGAAACGUCCACUUCCAACCCGUCAUCUACCUCAUCAUCCGCCACCUCGUCGGGCACGGGAACAAGUACAUCCUCAUCUUCUACGACCUCCACAACGACGACGUCUUCUGCCUCUGCCACGUCGACGUCCUCCUCGAGCAGGGUCAACAUUGGCCUCUCGAGCGCAAUCGUCGGCACGACGCUCGGCAUUGCGGCGGUGGCUGCCUUCGGCGGCGUUUUCAUCUGCGCCUGGCGCGAGGGCGCCGCCAAGAGGAAGGCCAAGAGGGAGGCGGCCCAGAAAGAGGCGUUGUUGGCGAACAUGGGCUAA